AUGGCUCAUGCACUCAUGUUUCUUCUCGUGGAUCAUCUUCUCAUCUUCCUGCUCUCCAAUCCAAUCGCAAUCUUAGCUGCAGACUCGACCAAUAAUUCCGACAUCGAACUGCAAGCCCUCCUCAACUUCAAGCAAGGCAUCACAAAUGAUCCUUUUGGCGUCCUUAGCUCAUGGGACAUUAGCGGCUCAUUCUGCACAUGGAGAGGGGUCGUCUGUGGUAAGGCCCUUCCCCCUUCCCGUGUUGUUUCACUGGAGCUGAACUCUUUACAGCUGGCUGGGCAAUUAUCUCCUUCUCUUGCUAACCUUACUUCGAUAAUACGGUUAGAUCUUGGAACUAAUUCGUUCCAUGGACCCAUCCCUGAGGAGUUGGGCACACUUCCUAAGCUUCAGGAUCUGAUCCUUGCAAAUAAUAGCCUGUCUGGAAUUAUCCCUGCUAGUCUCUUCAAGGACUCACCUCGACUUGUCGUUAUCAAUCUUCAAAAGAAUUUCUUAAAUGGGCCUAUUCCAGAUUUCCAUACUAUGGCAACUCUGCAAAUUCUUAACCUUGCAGAGAACAACCUUUCAGGAAGAAUACCUCCAUCAUUAGGAAAUGUUUCUUCCCUCACGGAAAUACACCUUGAUUUAAAUAUGCUAGAUGGAUCAGUUCCAGAGACUUUAAGUCGAAUUCGCAACCUUACUGCUCUGACUUUAGGUUACAACCAAUUUGGGCAUUUCCCAGCAGAACUCUACAACAUAACAUCGCUGAGAAUCCUUGAUUUAGGCAAUAAUGAUCUUUCUGGAUAUUAUAUACCAGCCACCCUUGGCAACUUGUUACCAAACCUUGAAAUGUUGAUCAUGUCAGGUGACAAUAUCACAGGACUCAUUCCACCAUCACUAGCUAAUGCAUCAAAGCUCCAAGAGAUCGAUCUUUCCUAUAACGCACUAGCUGGCCCAGUGCCGCUUCUAGGAUCUUUACCUCACUUACGUGUACUAAAUCUAGGAAGUAACUCCCUAAAGUCUGAUAACUGGGCAUUCAUUACCUCUCUGACAAAUUGCUCCAAUCUAACAAUGCUGAUAAUGGAUGACAACAGGCUUGACGGAAGUCUGCCAAUUUCUGUUGGCAAUCUUUCAUCAAAUCUGCAGAGAUUAGACCUUGGAAAUAACCAAAUCAGUGGAAAACUACCAGAACAGAUAGGCAAUCUUUCACAGCUACAAUUGCUUGCCAUGGACCAAAACUCGAUAUCUGGAGAGAUUCCUUUAAGCAUUUGGAACCUAAGUGCCCUGGUAGUCCUAAGACUAUCCCAGAACAGAUUGUCAGGUCAGAUCGCACCUGGAGUGGGUAAUCUUCAGCAGUUAACCCAGCUUUCUAUCGAUAGCAAUAGUUUAAGUGGAAACAUACCAGCAAGUUUAGGGCAGUGUCAGCGAUUGACAAUCCUAAAGUUGUCUUUUAACAACCUUGAUGGAUAUAUACCGGUUGGACUGGCAAAUAUUACAACCCUUUUUAGUUUGGACUUGUCGAAGAACCAUCUUAUUGGAUCAAUACCACAAUCUAUCGGUUUGCUCGAACAGCUUGUCCUUCUAAAUAUUUCCCACAAUAACUUGUCUGGGCAAAUUCCUCCUUCACUUGGCAAUUGUCUUUCCAUCCAACAGAUUGAUCUUUCUCAGAACAACUUAACAGGACAAAUUCCAGAUUUCUUCAACAACUUCAAUGCAUUGGAGCAACUUAACCUAUCCUACAACAAUUUUUGGGGGGCAAUUCCAACCGGAGGAGUAUUUCAGAAUACCACGACAGUAAUCUUAAAUGGGAACAUAGGGCUCUGUGUAAAUGCAACUACCUCUGCAUCUGUAUUCCCUGUUUGCCCCGGAGUAGCAGCUGGUGGAAUAAAAAAGAAUGCACACUUCUUGUUAACUGUAAUUCUACCGAUUACUAUUGCCUUAUUCUUAUGCUUAUGCUUAUGCAUCAUUGUUGCUCUUCUGAAGAGAAGAGCACACAUAGAGACUGCUCCAUGCUACAAGCAGACGAUGAAGAAGGUAUCCUAUUUUGACAUCCUUAAAGCUACAAACUGGUUCUCUCCUGCAAACAAGAUCAGUUCAAGCGGCACCAGUUCUGUCUACAUUGGCAGGUUUGAGUUUGACACAGAUUUCAUAGCCAUCAAAGUGUUCCAUCUGGACGAGCAUGGUUCUCUAAACAGCUUUCGUAUGGAAUGUGAAGUGCUCAGAAACACCCGCCAUCGCAAUCUUAUGAAAGCAAUGACCUUAUGCUCAACAGUGGACAUGGAAAACAAGGAGUUCAAAGCUAUAGUUUUCGAUUUUAUGGCCAAUGGAAGCUUGGAUAUGUGGCUGCACCCAAAGUUGCACAAAAAUAGCCCCAAGAGAGUUUUGAGCUUGGGCCAGAGAAUAAGAAUAGCUAUGGAUGUGGUUUCUGCUUUGGACUACAUGCACAACCAACUGACACCACCUCUAGUUCACUGUGAUCUGAAGCCAGCCAAUGUUCUUUUGGAUUAUGAUAUCACAGCUCGAGUUGGUGAUUUUGGAUCUGCAAAGUUUCUCUCUUCAAGUCUUGGUAGUCCAGAAGGUUUUGUUGGCGUGGAAGGAACUAUUGGAUAUAUCGCACCAGAGUAUGGAAUGGGGUAUAAAAUCUCAACUGGGUGCGAUGUGUACAGUUUUGGUGUGUUGCUACUAGAAAUGCUCACCGGAAAGCGACCCACUGACAUAAUGUUUAGCGAUGGUAUGAGCCUUCACAAGUUGGUGAGCUCAGCAUAUCCAAAUGGACUUCACGAGGUUUUAGAUCCCUACAUGUUCCAGGAGCCAGACCUUGUAUUUGCAACACUAACGCUGCAGUGUUAUCUGGUACCAUUGGUUGAAGUUGCCCUAUUAUGUUCCAUGGAGCAUCCCAAAGAUCGACCAGGAAUACGAGAUAUUUGUUCGAAAAUAUUAGAGAUCAGCGAGGCAUUCCUCAAGCCCCGGUGUCUUUAUUGA